AUGGCUUCCACGACCAACACCAUGUCCUCUCUUGCCCUGGUCCUCGCGUUGCUGCUCUCGAGCGGUGGCAUCGGCGGCGCGGCGCGGCAGCUGCAGGAGCUCCCGAAGCCCGACCUGCCGCCGUUGCCCAAGCCUGAGGUGCCACCGAGGCCGGACCUGCCGCCGCUCCCCAAACCUGAGGAGCAGCCGCCGUUGCCCAAGCCGGAGCUGCCGGUGCCACCGCAGCCCCUCCCCAAGCCCGAGCUGCCGGUGCCCCCGCAGCCACUCCCCGUACCGCCGCAGCCGUUGCCCAAGCCCGAGCUGCCAGUGCCACCGGAGCCCCUCCCCAAGCCCGAGCUCCCCGUCCCGCCGCAGCCCCUGCCCAAGCCCGAGCUCCCUGUCCCGCCGCAGCCCCUGCCCAAGCCCGAGCUGCCGGUGGCACCGGAGCCCCUCCCCAAGCCUGAGCUCCCCGUCCCACCAGAGCCGCUGGCCAAGCCUGAGCUCCCCGUGCCACCGCAGCCCCUUCCCAAGCCGGAGCUGCCAGCCCCGGUGCUGGCUGGCGAACUUCCACCGAAGCCUGAAAUUCCGCCGCUACUACCAAAGCCUGAGCCGCCCAAGCCCGAGAUUCCGGCCAUCCCUGAGGUGCACCUGCCGGAGCCUGCUGGGCCGAAGCCAUGA